AUGUUCAACUUACGGACCCUUUCCAUCCAGCUCCUCGCAGCUGCGAGCAUCGUCCUGGCCUCGCCACUCGCUCUGAACACCCGCACCCUCGUCAAUCACGAUGCUGUGGUUGGCUUCCCGGAAGCCGUGCCCGGUACCCUUAGUGGAAAGCUCAUGCUCAGGCACAAGCCCUACCUGAAGGUUUUCAACGGCUGUGUGCCCUUUCCCGCCGUCGAUGCCGCAGGUAACACUGGCGGUGGACUAAGUCCAACUGGCGGCAGCAACGACGGCUGUUCUUCAAGCCCUGGCCAAGUCUACGCCCGCGCCGGUGAAUACAAUGGAGCCUGGGCCAUCAUGUACAGCUGGUACAUGCCCAAAGACUCGCCUGCUACAAGUCUUGGCCACCGUCACGACUGGGAAGGUAUUGUCGUCUGGCUAUCCUCUUACACGGAAACUGCCACUGUGCGCGGUGUUGCCAUUUCCGCCCAUGGAGGUUAUUCCAAGCACCCGCAGCCGGCGCUUCAGAAUGGACACCCCACGAUCGGCUAUUACUCCUACUAUCCACUGAACCACCAGCUUAUUUCUACCGAAGAGGUGGGUACUUGGCAGCCGCUGAUUGCCUGGGGGAACCUGACUCCGGCGGCGCGCAAGGCGCUUCAAGAUACGGAUUUUGGGGCUGCGGAGCCCCCUUUCAAAGAUGGCAGGUUUGAAAAUCAUUUGGCCCAGGCUUUCAUCUAG